AGGAAACUUCCUUGAGACACGUGGGUCCACUUUGUUGUCUUCUUAAAGUAACUAGGGACAAAUUUUCUUGAAUUCUAACCCUUUAAUCUUUUGUUUGUUCAUCGGAUCUAGCUUGAGAAUUAACAAAACAGUUUUUUUGCUCUGCAAUUGGAAAUUUUUUUGGUUGUCUUGACUGGAAUGAAUGUUGUUCCAUUUGGGUAAGUUGUGAUCAAGUAGUUGAAGGGUUAUUAGUUGGUAGAAUUUUCAUUUGGGUUAGUUGUGAUCAAGCUGUUGAAAAUUUGCAUGUUGUAUUCUUGAAAAAGAUACUAUUUUUACUGUGAAAUUGCAUUUUAGCUGAUGUUAGAUAGGGUGGAAUUGUUAGUUUCUGCUCAAGGGUUGAUUUGGUUGUAGCUGAAAUUGGGAGAAUUUGAGUUGUAGUUUUGGAAUUUGCUUCUUUUCUUCAUCUUCGUUGUUGAAUGUGAGGACUGAGGAGAAAGGAUGAAUUUCUUGUAUUGGUGAUUGAUUAAGGUUUUGGAGAGGUUCUUUUUGUGCAUAAGAGCCUGUGUGGAGACACUCUGAUUUUCUGGAGUUUGACUAUCUUAGAUGUAGAUAAAAUUUGUGUAUUUUUAGCCUAUACAAUUGUGAAAUGGGAAGUUCUGCUGAACCAUCAUCUUCUAUAAGCUUUACUUCAACUUCCAACACGUCGAAUGGGUCCAUUGGCAUAGGCCAAAACACAUGUGCUUGUGGUGGAUCUGAGACAGGGAGUAGUAAUGAAAUCAUCAGCUUAAGUAAACUCAGUAAUAAUUUAGAGCAACUCUUGUUAGAUUCCAGCUCUGAGUUUAGUGAUGCUGAGAUUGUUGUUGAGGGUGAUUCACUUGGUGUUCAUCGUUGUAUAUUAGCUGCCAGGAGUAGUUUUUUUCGGGAUCUUUUUAGGAACGAAAACGGAAAUUGUGGAAAGGAAGGUAAGCCAAGUUACUCUAUGAUUGAUAUAUUGCCUUGUGGUAAGGUUGGAUAUGAGGCUUUCCGUACUUUCUUAAGCUAUUUGUACUCGGGAAAAUUGAAGCAUUUCCCUCCAGAGGCAUCAACGUGUGUCGACAGUUUAUGUUCCCAUGACUUUUGCAGACCAGCAAUCAAUUUUCAUGUUGAGUUGAUGUAUGCCUCUUUCGUGUUUCAGGUUCCAGAGCUGGUGUCACUUUUUCUGCGACGCCUUAUCAGUUUUGUCGGGAAGGCUGUUCUGGAAGAUGUUAUCCCAAUACUUGGAGUUGCUUUCCAUUGCCAAUUGAGCGAGCUUCUCACUCAUUGUGUUGAUAGAGUAGCGCGAUCAGAUCUUGAAAGCACAUGUAUUGAGAAGGAGGUUCCCUUUAAAGUUGCAGAGAGUAUUAAGUUAUCGCAGCUGAAAUGUCAGGGUGAUGAAAGUAAGGUUCUACCCGUGGAUCCGUUGCAUGAAAAGAGAAAAAAUAGGAUAUACAAGGCAUUGGAUUCGGAUGAUGUUGAACUUGUCAAGCUUCUACUUAAUGAGUCUGACAUAAGUUUAGAUGGAGCCUACGCUCUUCAUUACGCUGUUGCAUAUUGUGACCCCAAGGUUGUUACUGAGGUUCUUGGACUGGGUGUUGCUAAUGUCAACCUUCGGAAUACACGUGGUUACACUGUGCUUCACAUUGCUGCCAUGCGUAAGGAACCCUCAAUCAUUGUAUCACUUUUGACUAAGGGAGCUCAUGCAUCAGAAAUUACAUUGGAUGGGCAGAGUGCUGUUAGCAUCUGUAGGAGGCUGACUAGGCCUAAGGAGUACCAUGCAAAAACAGAACAAGGCCAGGAAGCAAACAAAGAUCGGGUAUGUAUUGAUGUUUUGGAGAGAGAGAUGCGUCGCAACCCAAUGACCAGAGAUGCAUUAUUUUCUUCCCCCAUGUUGGCCGAUGAUCUGCCCAUGAAACUGCUCUACCUGGAAAACAGAGUGGCAUUUGCACGAUUAUUGUUCCCUCUUGAAGCCAAACUAGCCAUGGAAAUUGCAACUGCUGAGACAACAGCUGAAUUCGCGGAUCAUUUGGCAUCUAAAGGUUCAUCUGGAAACUUGAGGGAGGUUGAUCUGAAUGAGACACCCAUAAUGCAGAAAGAAAGACUCUCGAAGACAGUUGAGCUGGGCAAACGCUACUUUCCUCAUUGCUCCCAAGUUCUGGAUAAGUUUAUGGAGGAUGACUUACCCGACUUUAUUUUCCUUGAGAAGGGCACUCCAGAGGAACAAAAGAUCAAGAGGCGGCGAUUUAAGGAGCUCAAAGAUGAUGUUCAAAGGGCAUUUAACAAAGACAAGGCUGGCCUUCAUUGCUCUGGCUUGUCUUCCUCAUCAUCUUCCACAACUUUUAAAGACGGUGCAAGUGUCAAAGCUAGGAACCUAUGAUAGUAACUAGGUUUUAUCCUACGAAUUGUUUUGAAACUCAGUUUUGUAUGUAAGAUAAAUAGUCUUCAAAACACUUAUCUUGUAAAAUUUUCAUUAUAGUGGCUGCUCUAUCUUUGACCAUUUUCAUAGUCCAUCUUGUUAAGCUUGCUUGUUCAUUGUAGAAAUAAAGUUGCAUAAGAACAAGCUUGCGGAAAUAUUAAUGAUGUAGAAAUGAUUAGCGUGUAUGGAGAAUUUAUCGUAUUUUAUCACUAUGUAGAGAUAUUUGAAUCA